GAUUUGGCGAUCCAGUUAUACCGUCUUUUCCAGUGAGUUCGUGAGUGUUUGAGCUCCAAAACAUCGCUUCGCGCCGUUACAGCUGAAUUGGGACACCAUAAGUUGAAAUCUCAUUGCCAGAAGACACCUCUAAUUCGACCAAUCUUGCGAAUAUAAUGAGGCAGAGAAACGCUCUUGCUGAAAGUUAAAAAGGUAAGCCUUGAACUAGUUAUGAAUAGAGUUAAGCUAAUCUUUCAGCACUUUCCAUGACAGCAGAUAGACGACCUCUUGUAGGAAAAAUUUAAUAGGUGAAUUGGGAACAUUAGCAUCGUGAGAAUAUUUGGAAUUGAAACCUUAGACGGGAGACCUUCAAUCGACAAUCGUUAGCAAAUUUAACUUUACAGUAACCUUUAUUGUAUAUAUCAAAAGUAGAAAUCACUAUGAAGAAUAAUGAUGAAACUAUUUUGGAAAUCUUGCAAGGACACAAAACUCUUAAGUGGCCCAGCGCAAAGCUGGUCAAAAUAUUUAUUGCGAGCACUAAAGAAGAUUUUGCUAUAGAGCGACGUAUUUUAUUGGAAACUAUUGGACCUGAAUUGCAUUCGGUUUUCGAGGAUCAUAAAAUUGAGGUCGAAUUGGUUGAUAUGCAUUAUGGAUCUGAUGAGAAGGAAUAUCACGAUCCAUGGAUACUCAAAGAUCAUUUACAUGAAAUAAGAAAUUGCCACAAGAUAUCGAAAGGGUGUUUCUUUUUGAACUUAUUAGGAGACAAAUACGGACCUCUAAUUUUGCCAGAAAAAAUUGAUAAAGACACAUAUCUGGCUCUGGCAGCUGCCGCUCAAGAAUUGGGAAAGAACUGUGCAAUAUUGGAAAGGCUAUACAGUAAAGUGAACGACGAUCUUGUGCUAAACGACAACAGAGACAUGGCAUUUGAUGAAUGGAAAGCAGAAUCAACCGAAACAUUAAAUUUGAUUUACGACUGUAUGCAAAAAAUGCCUGAUACUUCCAAGAAAAAAGUUAAACAGUUUUUGCAUUCUGUAGUAGAACAGCAAUAUCAUUAUGCAUUAGGUUUAGCUCCAGGUACAGCCCAUCAUGUGGUCAGUGUUAUACGAGAAUAUGACGCGGACGAUCCCAACGAUAUUAAAGUGAUGUACGAGGAUAAAUUACAAUAUUCUGAAGCUAUAAAAGCAUAUUGCGAAUCUCAACUUGAAGUGUUUCGAUCACACAUACGAAACACCAUUCCGACAGAAAAUAGGCAAUGUUUCCGAGUCCCAUGGAAAGGGGGGGAACUAAGCCAUGAUGAUCCAGACCAUGAAGCAUAUCUUAGUAAAUUUAAGAAUAGCAUUUUUCAUAAAAUCAAAGCACUUAUUACAAAAAAUUUAGAAGAUGAACCAGAACUCAAAUCGAGGAAAAAAAUUGUGGAGGAAAACUUCCAAGAGAAUAUUACUCACUUAACAUUAUGUUACGGAGAUGUAGAAAAAGAUUUCUCGAAUUCGGAACUCCAUGACAGGAUCAAACAAUUAAUGGAGGAUGGAAACCAACGAAAGCACUUACCUAUUUUAAUAUAUGGAAAUCAAGGAUCCGGCAAAACAUCACUUAUUCAGACAGUAUAUCGAAGCUUUGAAAAUUGGUUUUCAUGUCGGACGUUGAGAAUUGUUAGGUUUAUAACAACGACCCCCAGAUCGUCUUACAGUUUGGAACUGGUUCGAAUAAUAUGCCAACAAAUUUGCAUCGCAUUGAAAUUACCACAAGGAUUCUUGCCGAAAAAUGCAAGUUUUGAUCCGGCGUAUACGAACAAUUGGUUCCAAACGCUACUCCGAACCUUUGAGGAGUUGAACUUUGUGCUUGGAAUAUUUUUGGAUGAUAUACAUUUGAUAAAUCCACUGGAUACGGAAAUGUCUACCUUAAACUGGUUACCCGUUUGCUUACCUAAAAAUGUACAUAUUUUGUGCACCUCUGGAAUACCAUUUGAAAUGAUGAGAUUUACUCCCAAACAGAAAGAAAGAUUUCAACAUCCUGAUUUUUACAUUGAGAUGCCGUUAGCAGAGUCCUUUGUUGAUGUGGUGGAAGAAGUGCUUGACCGGCUGGAACAAACAUAUUGUAAAGAAGCCAUUUGCAGACUGGCUUCACUUAUCACUUGUUCCGAAUAUGGGCUGACGGAAACAGAAAUACUGGAAAUAUUGAUGCCCACAUCGGACAGUGAAGCCAUAAUUUCCAUAAAGGAUGCAAACUUUAAUUUUUCCUCUUUGUGCUCGGUCAAACGGAAACUAGAACCGUUGAUCCGGGAGAAGAUAAUGAGUGGAAUACUUCUGAUUGACUGGCGACAUACAAUGAUUAAGGAAUUGACCAAAAUAAGAUAUUUGUCAAGCUCGGAUAUGAUUAAAAGUUUGCACACAGAAAUGGCCACAUUAUUCUUCGGGGAGUUUUUAGGAGACAAUAGUGACGACGAAGCAUCCGAAGGAGAACCCGCGCCGCUGCUGUCUGAGAUCAAAGAAACGCCAUUUCAGUCCACAUUACAUAAAGAUGUUACAUAUCGACUCAGGCAUGUGGAAGAAGCCUGGAUUCAUUUGCUUAAAAGUGGAGAUAUAGCAAAAUUGAAGAAUUUGUGCAUGUGCAAUUACGACUUUCUGCUAGCUGCGCUUCAAACUUUCUCCGUGAGCUAUUUGAGGUGUCUGCUGGAGCACGUUCGCUGUUACUUACUGGAUAGAGAAAUUGAACUCGUUUAUUUUUCGAUUAAAAUGUCGACCGAUGUUUUGACACGGGAUUCGUUUCAGCUCGGCACGCAGCUAAUCUCUUGGUUGAGACCCGUAACGGAACGUGGAGGAGGUUUGAUGAGCGAUUUGGUCACCUCAGCAAUGGCGUGGUGUGAUGGAUUUACACUACCUCUUGUAGUUCCUUUAAAUGAUUGGUUACAACCACCAUUGCCUAGCCAAGCGAAAUCGAUGAUAACACCAGAUGUUCGAUUGAUCGAAUGUACCCCUAAUGGACAACAUGUUGUUGUUGUUGCCGAUACGGAUCCUCAACUAUGGCACAUAAUGACAAAUCAACUAGUACAUACUUUUAAAGGUCACACCGACAAAGUGAACUGCAUGGCCGUAACUAAACAAAGUCAGUUUUUACUAACCGGAUCGGAUGAUAUCAGUAUAAUCGUGUGGGAUCUGAAGGGAUUAAAUAUGAAGCUAAAAAUAUUAGAGCAUAUAGCGCCAGUUUUAUGUAUAACGAGUGCUCUUAAUAAUGCCGUCAUUAUAACCGGAGGAGAAGACAGCAGUAUUAUUAUAAGCUCCCUAGCGACAGGGAAUGUCGUUACUAAAAUUGAUCAUCACCGUGGACCUGUUACUGCUAUUAAGGUUACUUCCCAUGGUGAUAUUAUGGUAUCCGGAAGCAAGGAUGGCAAAGUAUGUCUCUGGUCUCUUCUCAACUAUCAAUUAUUGAAUACUAUAGCUAUUGGUGCCCCUGUUCAACUUCUAGAUGUCUCACUAGACUCUAUUUGGCUGGUUUCAUGUUGCAGAGACAGCAAAGUAUAUAUUAAGACUGUGGCUACUGGAACUGAUGUUCAUACCAUUACUUUAGAAGAUCAUAAAGCGAAAGUUAAUAGUUUAUGUAUAACUCAAGACAGCUGCAGGAUAGUAUUGGGUUGCUCAGAUAAAAAGAUUUAUGUAUACGACAUACAUUCAGCGAAGUUAAUAAAGACUAUAACAGGACAGAAGGGCGAAGUAACUUCUGUGAAAGUCACGGAUAAAGACGACUUUCUACUAACAGCAGGUGGCGGCUACAUCAAAAUCUACACAUUCCGCAGUACCGAUCAUAUCAAAAGUUUUUUGAAAGUGAAGAAGAAAACCCACCAUCAUCUUACGGCACACACUGGGUUUAUAUCCUGUCUAGAUAUUUCACGGGAUGGACAACUAUCAGUUACUGGAGCCACUGAUCAUUUAGUAAACGUUUGGCAGCUCAAUAAUCAAGAGUUGGUACUCACGUUAAAUGGACACUCAGCCCCAGUUACAGCUGUUAGCUUUGCACCUAGUGGCCUAUUUGUCGCUUCAGGUUCUGAAGAUGGAACCGUCAAGGUUUGGGGCCUCACUUUAGGAACAUUGGUACUGACAUUUUCGCGCCAUACAUCAUCAAUAGCAGCAGUUUUCGUUCUGAUGGAUUCCAGCAGAAUAAUAUCCAGUGAUGAUAACGCUACCAUAUACAUGUGGCAUGCCGACAAUGGUACAGUUUUGCAAACAUACUCUGGGUUAAGCAAAAGUGUGAAAACUACAACAAAUAUGAAAUAUGCAGUAGCCACUAAUGGAUACACUACACUGAAGAUAUGGGCGUUAAUGAGAGAGGAUGAAAGAUAUGCUGUAACACAUCCAGAAGAAAUCACUUGUUUUGUGAUAACAGUAGAUUCUACUCAUAUCAUCACAGGAUCGAAAGAUAUGUCUUUGAAAGUCUGGUUAGUGGCUGGUGGAAAAUUGUCACAGGUUCUCAUUGGACAUACAGACUGCGUUACUUGUGUUGCUGUGUCAGUGUCGGAUAAAACACAUGUAGUUUCAGGCAGUUGUGAUACUAAUUUAAUCGUCUGGGACAUUAAUACAGGGGCUGAUUUACAUACGUUGUCCGCCCAUUUGAACAUUGUCAGUUGUUGUAAAAUGAGCGGAGAUGGCUCUAUCGUUAUUUCAGGUUCAGAAGAUACAAAUAUAAUAAUCUGGGACACAAAGCAAGGUUUGCAACUGACGUCCCUGCAGCUGCAUUAUGCAAUAGUUGGUGUUGAACCUACAUCCGACUUUUCCAGAAUAGCUGUCCUACUCAAAGAUACUCAAUAUAGUCCAAUAAUUUGUUUGCACAACACUCCAGCCAAAUACGUGAAAUUGCCCACUUACUGUGCACCCGAUAAGGAAAUGAUUGAAAAUCCGAAACCAGCUCCGAAGCGUCAAAUGAAAAGACUACUUAAAAAGGAAGUGUCCCUUGACACGUACACGUGGCAAAAGAAAUAUGCCCAUCUCACCUCAAAUCUAGUGAUUCCUUCAAUAGAUGAGAGAUUUAAAAGGCGCUUUUCUGUUUCCGCAAGCAUGGAGGAAAUCUCGAAGAUUCCACAAAAUGAUCAAAAGGGAAUGGGAUCGAAACAAGCUUCACUGGCGCAGUCACAGCACUUUGAUCAAUUGGAAGCUCUUUGGAACAAGAGGUCACCUCCUAACCGAAGAAGACUUCAGCAGGUAAAGUCGCUAUCCAAGCAAUCUUCUUUGGCGGAAUCACAAAUCUACUCAUCAGAAGAAGAGCAUUUAGAUGCAGGACAAUCGUAAAUCUUCAAUAUAUUCUUAUACAACAAAGCCAAUAGGGCUUAUUCCGCGUUAGUCGUGUUAUUACAAUUGAUGAAGAUACCAUAGAAUCCUAUUUGUGAAACUUUUUGUUAAAUCACUGACAAACAAAGUUGAAAAUGUACUUACACACAACAAAAAAUCGUUGAUAUGUCUUAUCAAUACAUAUAUAAAGUUUUUUUCAAGAACCUUAAUAAAAUCUUACGAAAAUUUGGAAUCACCUAAA